AUGUCUAAAAGAAUCGCCGACGAUCAAUUAACUAGAGAGAAUUUCCAUGAAUUAGAUGGUGAAGAUGGUAUCAUCGGAGGUAAUGCUAAAGUAGCAUCGACUGAAAUAUUAUCUUCGAGAAAGAUAUUAAAACCUCGAGGUCAUUUAGGUAAUACAGGUACUAAUGGAUUUAAAGGUAUAAAAUUUCCAUCUGCUACCGUACCUCUGUCAACUCCAUCGAAUCCUUUUUCUAACUUUCAAACUCCUUCACCAGUAUCAUCUGCUUCCAGUAAAGAUGAUGAUAGAAAUAAUAAGAUAAAGGCAUUAAAUAUCAAAUUAUUAGAAUCAUUAAAGGAAAAGCAUACUGCUAAUACCAUUGUAAACUUUACUCCAAUACUUAAUAAAUAUAUUGAAUAUUAUCAACAAAUAGAAAAGGAGUCUGAAUCAACUACAACUACAACCAACACUAAACAAUCAGAAACUUCAAGUAUACCUACUACCUCCAUUAAUUUCUCAUUACCUCCAACUUCUAAUGGUAGUACAACUUCUGCUUCAAAUCCUGAACCAACUCAGAAACAAGAUGCAUCGAUGGAUUCAUCAGAUUCCGAAUCUGAUUCUGAAUCAGACGAUGAAGAUGAUAAACCAAAGGAUAUAAAGAUUCAAGGUCCACAAUUUACUCUUGAAUCAAAACCUACUGUUAAAAGAUCACCAUUUACAUUUGGUCCUAAAGUUGAAAAGCCAAAGGAUGAUUCUGAUUCAGAUUCUGAUAGUGAAAGUGAAAUAGAAAUUAAGGGUCCUACAUUUACCUUUAAUAAACCUAUCAAGGACAAUGUUUUCAAAUUCGAUUCAGCUUCUAAAGAAGAGACACCGGCUGCUCCAAAGCCUUUAUUCUCAUUCCAACCUCCUGCAGCUACAGCAGUUGCGGAUAAGAAAGAAGCAGCAGCAGCACCAGCAGCAGCAGCAUCAGAACCAGCUGUACCAAAACCAUUGUUCUCAUUCCAACCAUCAACUGAAAAGAAAGAAGAGGCACCUAAACCAUUUACUUUUGGUUCAAGCGUGACUACUAACAAUGAAACCACCAAACCAGUCUUUGGAUUUGGAAGUUCCACCACCACUAACAAUGAUUCAACAUCAACACCAGCUCCAGCACCAUCUUUCAACUUUGGUGCAUCAAAUGGAUCACAAACAAAACCAGCUUUCAGCUUUGGUGCAUCUACUACUAGCACGGAAAAGAAAGACGAACAACCCAAAUCACUUUUCAGUUUCAGUAAUGAAAAUAAAUCUACUGAUGCUAAACCAUUUUCAUUCGGAUCUAUAAAAGCUCCAACUGCAACAUUUCCUGCUAAGGAAGAUAAAGCAUCAGACAAUGGAACUUCUUCAGACAAACCAUUACCAUUUUCAUUUAAUAGCUCUAAUGAAAAGACUGAAGCUCCAAAGCCAUUCAGUUUUGGUGCAAGUACCACCACAACUUCAGCAUUUAGCUUUAAUAAAUCUUCUAGUGAAAAUAAGCCAGCCUUUUCAUUUGGAAGUAGUAAUUCAACAACCACUGAUAAUAAUAAACCUAAUUCAGGUUUAUCAUUUUCAUUCAAUUCUAAUAACACUUCUAAUGAAAAUAAGCCAGCAUUUUCAUUCGGAAGUAGUAAUGGUACUGCAAAUGGUACGGGUAUUGGUAAUGGUAAUGGUAAUGGAGGAUCCAGUUUAUUUGGAGGUAAUUCAUUUUCAUUCAAACCGCAAGAAAAGAAAGAAGAUUCAGUUACUGCCACCGCCGGAGAAGAAGAAGAUGAUAAAGUAGAAGAAGUAGAAGUUGAAGGUAAUUUCACUCCAGUAGCCUCAUUAGCUAGUGAAAAAGUUGAAAGUAGCACUGGAGAAGAAUCUGAAGAUACUUUAUAUAGUCAAAGAGCUAAAUUAAUGAUAUUUAAUUCGGAAAAUAAAGAAAAUCCAUAUACUAAUAAGGGAGUUGGAGAAUUUAAAAUUUUAAAGAAUAAAGAUAGUGGUAAAUCACGAAUUUUAAUGAGAGCCGAUGGAGGAUUAAGAGUAUUAUUUAAUGCAGCUAUAUCUCUGAAAAUAGUAUAUUCAUCAUUAGGAGAUGGAUCAAUGAUUAAGAUUCCUAAUAUUAAUGGUGAAGGUAAAUUGGAAACAUAUGUUGUUAAAGUUAAGAAGGCCGAUGAUGGUAAAGAAUUAUUGAAGUGUCUUAAUGAAGCUAAGCAAUAG